GCUCUCUCUGAUGCUGGGGAAAGGGCUCCUCUUGAACAGCAACACAGUGAGGAGGAGUGGGGGUCCAGUCUAAUGCAGGAGACAGAGCUCACUGCCGCAGAAGGGAAAGAGACACUCAGGGAGCAGCACACAGUGAGCAGACGGAUUGUCGAGGAUCUGUACUCUGUGCCCAUGAUGAACACAGAACCUGAGAGUGAGACACCUGGGCUCUUAGUAUGUGAUGAUUUUACAGAAAAGAGAAAUAAUCUGGACACAAACAAUAUUACACAAGGUUGUAAUGAACUGGGCUGUGUCUCUGUACAAGAGCACAGUGAAGAACUGGAUGUUUUAAAUCUUACAGAGCAGGACAUGGAGCCCAAGUUGAUUGAUGCUGCAGAGCAGCAGACUGAUGUACUUGGUGAAGAGAACACUACUGAUUCACAGCACACAGAGAAGAGUCAGAACAGGGAGGAGCAACAGCAGCUCUUACAGCGCAUGAUGAUAAUUAGGCCUUGUUCUGUUCAAGUGGAGAGACUGUCAUUGCAGAGUCUAAAACAAUCAUAUGAUCCCUUGGUAUCUGAUCACUUUACACCCAGGUUUAAUAAUCUGAUUACUGAGAACAUUGUUGAAAGUUUUAAUGAGCUGGAGAGUAUGUUUGUUCUUGGGCAAAGAGAGGAAGAACUGAAUGAACUUGACAGUUUUAGUCUCAAAGAGCUGGAGAAGGAGCCCCAGAUGAUUCACACUGCUGAACAGCACACUGAAGGACACGGUGGAGAAAACAAAUCUCAGUUUCAGCACACAGAGCAAGACCAUUCCAUGGAGCAUUUGCAGAAUAAGAGACCCCAGCAUGAUCAGAGAAUGAGGAAGAGUCACUCAAGGCCUUGCUCAGAUGGAGUGGACAAACUGCAAUUAUGGCACAGGGAGGAGCAGCGUUUCUGUGAGUCUAGCAUUUCACAACCCUACCAGCACCUUCACACAGGAGAGAGACCUUUCAGCUGUAGUCAUUGUGGGAAGAGUUUUAGUUGGUCAGGUGACUUAAAAACCCACCAGCGCAUUCACACAGGAGAGAGACCAUUCAGCUGCAGUCAGUGUGGGAAGAGUUUUAUUCGGUCAGGUGACUUAAAAACCCACCAGCGCAUUCACACAGGAGAGAGACCAUUCAGCUGCAGUCAGUGUGGGAAGAGUUUUAGUCGGUCAAGUAACUUAAUAACCCACCAGCACAUUCACACAGGAGAGAGACCGUUCAGCUGCAGUCAGUGUAGGAAGAGUUUUAGUCAAUCGCUUGUCUUAAAAAGGCACCAGUGCAUUAACACAGGAGAGAGACCAUUCAGCUGCAGUUAGUGUGGGAAGAGUUUUUUCCAGUCAGGUGACUUAAAAACCCCAAUCUAGUCAACAGGUCAGUCACCAGUCAAGUCAACUAAAAUGUCUUUUAGUUCAAGUAGGUAGAUGCGUCAGCAUGUGACAUCCGAAGAAGGCUCCACAGCCGAAACAUUUAUUUUCUUCUCUUUUCAGCAUGAAACAAACCUUUACUUGUUCCCAAAAUGUCUAUUAGUGAUGUCUAUUAGUCACUUUGUAGUCAGACACUUUUGAGUUCGUCUGGUCAAUUAA